AUGCCAUCGUCACUCCCAGCUUUACCUCUCAUCCACUCACCCAUGUCUUCCUCUUCCCCCUCCUCGUCUCGUCCCUCUCCCCCUCUUCCUCCCAAGGAGCAUCAUCACCCGAGAGCAUCAUCGCCCGAGUAUGCCGUGUCAGCGGACGACUGCAACGCCAUCAUCGCCGUGGAGUGUGUGCCACUGGACGAGGCAGGCAGACGGGGGGAGUUGUCUCGAGUGGUGGUCAAUGAAGGCAACUUGAUCCAACUCGAGCCCACGGUGCAGGACACACUGGCAGGAUGGCUAUCAGAGGGCUCCACCCAGUUUGAAGCCACCCUCGUGGAGAUCAGUGAGGGGGAGGAGCCGCAGGAGCAGCAGCAGACACCGCAGGCGGUGACUCUGCAAGUGAGGAGGCCAGACUUUGUGCUGCGCAAGGCCAAGAAGGCCUUUAUCAAGGAGCCCUGGGGCAACCUCACUGCGGUGGAGAUCAGUGUCAUGCAUCGCAUGUCUCUCUUCUUCAUCCUCUCCGAUGGCCGGCAACUCUUCCUUGAUUUCAGGGAUGCCAGAACGAGGGACUUAGCAGCGCUGUGCAUUCGGCAGUUCAAGGCCAACGUGCAUGAGAAGGGCUCCUCUCGGAAGGGCCUUGUCGAGGGCGCUCUUAACUCCGUCGCGCUUAAUCCGCUCUUCGAAGUACUCGCCGGCGCGCCGCGGUCCCCCGAGUCGGCUGGGCGCCGCGACGUCGCGCCCGGCUCCGGCGGAAAGGUGGCCGCUUACGGCAAGCAUGCGGCGGAUCUGACGGCGUGGACUGCGGACGUGGCGGCGGCUGCUGCAGCUGCGGUGACGGCGGCGCGGGCGGCGCCGGCUCCAGCGGCGGCGGCUGUGGCUGCGUAUGCUGCGGCGAAGGCGGACGCUGAAGGGGAAGCGGGUGACGAGAGGGAAGAGAAGGCUGGGGAUUCAGAAGUGGGGAAAGUUCGGGGGAAGGAAGGCGCGGAGAAGGGAGGGGCAGGGAGCAUGGCGCAAGCGACUGCACAGCCGGGCAGUGGGGAAAACGAGUCGGCGAAGGAAGGAGAGGUCGUUUUUGAGAAUUCUCAAAAACCGGCAAAGGGGGAAGCGGAGGAAGAAGGGAGCACGGACAAAGAUACAGAGAAUGAGAAUGAGAAUCAGGCUGGGGGGGGAACACGGCUCGAAGGGGCAGGCGCUGACGUGGCGAAGGUUGCUGACGCUGACGCAGGUGAUGCGGUGAGGCACCGUUCGCGCCGCCACCACCAUGACCGCGACCCGCAGCAGCAGCACCAGCAGCACCAGCAGCGUCGCCACCAUGGUCGCCACGAAGCACGCAGCGUCGACAACGGCGGACGCAGUGGCAGCAGCACCCGCGGAAGCAGCUGGUCCCGCGCGGGCGGAGUCCUCCGCGCGCUUUGCGCGGUUGUGCUCUCCGCCGCCCUCUUCCUUUCCGCCCACCGCCCCCUCUCCGCCCUCUCUCCCACGUUGUCCUUCCUCGAACCUGCCGAGCAGGUCUGGAAGACGUACUUCUCUGCCGUGCCUGGAGCUUGGUUCGGCAAUGGUGAAGGGGAAGCAGGCUCCAGGCUCGGAAUCACGCUUGGGAACGGCUGGAAGGCAGUUGCGGGCCGAACCUCGGUGCUCUGGGAAGCGAGCGAGCCUCAGCCAAUGGGGGCGUUCCAAGGGAUGAGCUGGGCGGCAUCGGUUGGUGGGAAGCUAGGCGGGGAAAAGGAGGAGGCAGACUUGAAUACAAAUGGCAUUUCAGCUAGCCAUGGUCAUCCUCAGAUCCGCGAUGGUGUUUCGCAGAUCCGCGAUUCAGACUUGGCUUCCGCAGAGGAGGAGGAGAAGGAGGAGGGAGGCUUCGACUCUCCAGAUUCCACGGGAACGAGCUCAGAUUUGGUUGUGCAGCAGCAGCAGGAGGAGGAGGAGGAGACGGUGGUGGUUGCGGUUACCACGGGAGAAGAGGCAGGAAUGGUUACGGAGAAGCAAGCUGUGCUGGUUACGCAGCAAGCAUGGGAUGAGAGGGCUGAGGCGCAUGAGGGUGCUGCAGCUGCUGUGGUUGUUUCGACUGGUGUGGAUGGGAAGGAAGGCGGCGAGGAGGCUGCUGGUGGAAGUGGUGCAGUGACGGCUUGCGUAGCUGCUGACGUGGAAGAUGCUGACGUGGAAGACGCUGACGUGGAAGAUGCUGACGCUUCUCCUGAGGGACGUGUGGCUGAUAUCGCAGAGCCAGCAGCGGGUGACUGUUCUUCUGCUUCAGCAGCCGUCUGCCCUGCCGACGCCGCUGCCACUGCCACAGCCACAGGUGCUGCCACUGCUGUGCAAGAUGCUGUAGCGCCUGCGGAACCCAGCGCUACAGCUGACCUUGCAGCAGGUACAGCUGCCGCUGCAACAGCUGAUGAUGUGGGGGAGGGAAGGGUGCUUCCAGGGGCAGAGGAGACGGUGAUGGAGGGUACGUCCCUGCCGGAAGCGGAGGAGAUGGCAUGGGCGCUAGAGGAGGCGGAGCAGCAAAGCUUGGCAGAUCAGCAGGAGCAGAUGCUGGUUGCGGCUGCUGUGGUGGUGGCUGUCGCUGCUGCUGCCGCUGUAACAGCCACUGCUCUCCUCCGUUCCUCCAGGGCUUCAGCAGCAGCAGCAGCAGCAGCAGCAGCUUCUCACCCAGUGGAUGCUCACCCUGCUGCCUCUCACGGCCUCUCUGCUCGUGCUGGGUCCCAGGCUGUGUCUCUUGGUGGGUCACGCGGUGGGUCACAGCUGCAAGGGGCGGCGCCCUCUGCUUCGGCAGGCGAGCGCAGGCAGAGCUUCAGUGGCCAGUCCUGGGGUGCUGCCGCUCCUGCUAGUGGCGCUGGUGGUGCUGCUGCUAGUGCCGGUGGUGCUGUUAGUGGUGGUGCUGCUGCUGCUGCAAGUGGUGGUGGGAACGUCGGCUUUAUGCAUCCCCAACAGCAGCAACAGUACCAGCAGCAGCAGCAGGCAUGGCAGGCACCAGCGAUGAGCGGAGCAGGAGGGGUGGACGCGGGCUGGACGCUCAGCGAGGGCGCUAGGCUCGGCAGGACUGCCGGACCUGGAUUCAGCUCUGGUAAUGCCGCGGCUGCCGCUGCUGCUGCUGCCAGACCUGCAGGCUCGGCGAUAUCGGGGCUGAGGCUCGGGAAUCAAGGCAUGGACUCGGUCUGUGAGAGCACGAGCAACUACUAUGGGCCGACGGGAAGGAGACAGCAGCAGCAGCAGAGGGAGCAGGUGCUGCAGGCGCAGCAGCAGCAGUGGGAUCAGAUGAAAAUGGGGUGGCAGGCCGGCGGAACGGGCGGAAGCGUGGGCGGAAGCAUGGGCGGAGGCAUGGGCGGAGGCAUGGGGGGCACGGGGGGGCAUAGCCCCGUGGGGAUGGCGCAGAUGGUGGCGGUGGGGGAUGUGCUGGUGGCAGUGGGGGGCGAUGGGGAGAGGGAGGGGGGCGCGCAGGGAGGCACGGGGUCGCCAGGAGGGUACGGACGGUACAACGCAUUCAAGCCCAUGGUGGUGCGCGAGGUGAGUCCGGUCGUGGUGCGCGAGGUGAGUCGGAUCAGAGCAGCAGGUGGUGCUCACGCCAGUGAAGCGCUCCAGCCGCCUGCGCAUGGCCGUCAGUGGCGCCACCCCCUCUGUCAGCGGCUUCUCUCAGCCCACCAGCAGCUACGCUGGGGGGGGGAUCAACCACGGUGUGGUCAACCGGCCUUGAACGGUGCUGUUGCUGUUGGUGGUGCUGGUGCUGUUGCUGUUGCUGGUGCUGGUGCUGUUGCUGUUGCUGGUGCUGGUGCUGUUGCUGUUGCUGGUGCUGGUGCUGUUGCUGUUGCUGUUGCUGUUGCUGUUGCUGGUGCUGUUGCUGUUGCUGUUGCUGUUGCUGUUGCUGUUGCUGUUGCUGGUGCUGUUGCUGUUGCUGGUGCUGUUGCUGUUGCUGUUGCUGGUGCUGGUGCUGUUGCUGUUGCUGUUGCUGUUGCUGUUGCUGUUGCUGUUGCUGGUGCUGUUGCUGUUGCUGGUGCUGUUGCUGUUGCUGUUGCUGUUGCUGUUGCUGUUGCUGUUGCUGGUGGUGGUGCUCACGCCAGUGAAGCGCUCCAGCCGCCUGCGCAUGGCCGUCAGUGGCGCCACCCCCUCUGUCAGCGGCUUCUCUCAGCCCACCAGCAGCUACGCUGGGGGGGGGAUCAACCACGGUGUGGUCAACCGGCCUUGAACGGUGCUGUUGCUGUUGGUGGUGCUGGUGCUGUUGCUGUUGCUGGUGCUGGUGCUGUUGCUGUUGCUGGUGCUGGUGCUGUUGCUGUUGCUGGUGCUGGUGCUGUUGCUGUUGCUGUUGCUGUUGCUGUUGCUGGUGCUGGUGCUGUUGCUGUUGCUGUUGCUGUUGCUGUUGCUGUUGCUGUUGCUGGUGCUGUUGCUGUUGCUGGUGCUGUUGCUGUUGCUGUUGCUGGUGCUGGUGCUGGUGCUGUUGCUGUUGCUGUUGCUGUUGCUGUUGCUGUUGCUGGUGCUGUUGCUGUUGCUGGUGCUGUUGCUGUUGCUGUUGCUGUUGCUGUUGCUGUUGCUGUUGCUGUUGCUGUUGCUGGUGCUGUUGCUGGUGCUGUUGCUGUUGCUGUUGCUGUUGCUGUUGCUGUUGCUGUUGCUGGUGCUGGUGCUGUUGCUGUUGCUGUUGCUGUUGCUGGUGCUGUUGCUGUUGCUGGUGCUGUUGCUGUUGCUGUUGCUGUUGCUGGUGCUGUUGCUGUUGCUGGUGCUGUUGCUGUUGCUGGUGCUGUUGCUGUUGCUGGUGCUGUUGCUGUUGCUGGUGCUGGUGCUGUUGCUGUUGCUGGUGCUGUUGCUGUUGCUGUUGCUGUUGCUGUUGCUGUUGCUGGUGCUGUUGCUGUUGCUGGUGCUGUUGCUGUUGCUGUUGCUGGUGCUGGUGCUGUUGCUGUUGCUGUUGCUGUUGCUGUUGCUGUUGCUGUUGCUGUUGCUGUUGCUGUUGCUGGUGCUGUUGCUGUUGCUGGUGCUGUUGCUGUUGCUGUUGCUGUUGCUGUUGCUGUUGCUGUUGCUGUUGCUGUUGCUGUUGCUGUUGCUGUUGCUGGUGCUGUUGCUGGUGCUGUUGCUGUUGCUGUUGCUGUUGCUGUUGCUGGUGCUGUUGCUGUUGCUGUUGCUGGUGCUGUUGCUGUUGCUGUUGCUGGUGCUGUUGCUGUUGCUGGUGCUGUUGCUGUUGCUGGUGCUGGUGCUGGUUCUGUCAGCCCACCAGCAGCUACGCUGGGGGGGGGAUCAACCACGGUGUGGUCAACCGGCCUUGAACGGUGCCGUUGCUGGGCGGCGGUGUUGCUCCCUCUGCCAGGGCCCGCCCAGCCCACAGUGGAGGUUGCCCUGAUGUUACUAUUUCUGUAG